UGACCUGUAAAUCACACACCUGAGCAGGUAAAGCAGGUAAGUGUUCAGGGGUUUCUCACUGAUACCUCCCCUGCAUCUUCACUUCAUCAUGGAUGAGUGACUGAAAACCUUUAGUCAACGUUUCCUGCAGGAACCCUCUGAGCACCUGAGACUGUAACUCACCUGUACUGAAAGGUAGCGUGGUAAUAAUGGGGUGUAUGGAGCAGCGUCGGUCCAGCUGGGUCUAUCCCACAUCUCUGCUGUGCUUCUAUGGGUUCUUCAGCACGGUAAAACCUCUGGAGCCGUUCCUCAUCCCGUUCCUCACCGGACCGGACAAGAACCUCACCAUGGAACAGGUAGCCAAUCAGAUCUUCCCGGUGUGGACAUACUCGUACCUGGCCGUGCUGGUGCCGGUGUUUCUGCUGACCGAUUGGCUGCGCUACAAGCCCGUGAUCGUGUUCCAGUGUGGAGCUCUGUUUGGUACAACCUCCAUGCUGCUGUGGCUGCAGGGGGUCGGGGUCAUGCAGGCCAUGCAGUUUGUCUACGCCGUGGUGACGGCCUGCGACGUGGCCUACUUCUCCUACAUCUACAGCAUGGUGGCGCUGCAGCACUACCUGAAGGCCACCUCCUACUGCCGCACCGCCCAGCUGAUCGGAUACACCGUGGGCUCAGUACUGGGCCAGCUCCUGGUCUCGUUCGACCUACUGAGCUAUCACUACAUACUGGUGCUAACGCUGGUGCUGAUCUCUGUCGCAAUGGUGACCGCAGUGCUCCUGCCAAUGCCCAAAACCAGCAUGUUCUUCCACCACGGGAGGAGGCCAGGUGGAGGUGAUUUACCUGAGAGCCAGGUAGAGUGCUCCACUAGUGGAAGUACACUGGAAGCAGGAAAAGGUGGAGCAGAUGAAAUGGAAACUACAGGAAAUGUCCAGAGAGUAGAGGAUGCUCCACAGGCUAAAGGAGAUGAUUCACAGGAGGAUCAUGGGAAAAGGGUGGAGUCCAGCCCAGCUUCAGAGGAACGAGGGGGUUGCUGUGGUACCCUCCUGCAGCUGUGGAGAGACUUCCUAACCUGUUACUCCAGCAGAGAGAUGCUGUACUGGUCAGCAUGGUGGGCUCUGGCCACCUGCGGCUACAACCAGACCAUCAACUACGUCCAGGCACUCUGGGAACAUGUGGAACCUUCCAGCAACUUCAGCAUCUACAACGGAGGAGUGGAGGCCGUUUCCAGCCUGUUCGGUGCGGCAGCAGCGUACGGGAUCAGCUUUAGUCCGGUGGACUGGAGCCGCUGGGGAGAGCUGGCGCUAGGCUCUCUCUCGGGGCUGGAGGGCGCGGCCCUGUUCGCCAUGGUGUUCUCAGAUAAUAUCUGGGUGUGUUACGCUGGAUACAUCAUCUUUAAAAGCCUCUACAUGCUCCUCAUCACCAUCGCCAUGUUCCAGAUAGCUGCAGGGCUGUCGAUGGAACGUUAUGCUCUGGUGUUUGGAGCGAACACCUUUGCCGCUCUGGUUCUGCAGACCGUCCUCACCUCCAUCGUGGUGGACAGCAGAGGCCUCGGGCUGGACAUCGUUCCUCAGUUCAUAAUCUACGCAUCAUAUUUCUCCAUCAUCGCUCUGCUGUUCCUUCUGAGGGGUCUGUACACAUUCUACCAGCAGAGAGAACCACAGCACCGGAGAACCGCCGAGGAACCCAGCGAAAGUGUUAAACAGACAGACACACACCUGCACUGAAUACACACACUGAACACACACACACACUCUGAAUCCACACACAUUUUCUUAUUUUCAUAUUAGUGUUAAUUAAUGUAGCCUUAUUGUAAAGCACAUGUGUCAAACACAAGGCCCGCGGGACAAAUGUGGCCCGCCACGUCCUUUUAUGUGGCCCGCGAGAGCUUGUAUUAUCUUAGUGUCUAUAAUAAAUAGGUCAGAAGCGUUCUUUGACCAAAAACUACAUUUCCCACAAUGCUUGUCGAUUGUGUUACCCGCAAAGUUGCGACUUAUUGCCACUACACAGCAGUGUAGUUAUUGAUGCGGAAACCCUGCCGGAGGGAAGGCGUAACUUCGCGGGUGGAAUUGAGACAUAC